CCGAUUUGACUGUUUUUGACUUUUAUUUCUUAUUUCUUAUUCUACUGUAAAUCUGUUUUGUGAAAGAAUCAACUGUGCGGUUCAAUAAAAACAGGACAGGAAGAAGACCCUUCACCUACAGACUAAACACGCAUGUACAAGAACACACAGGCAAGAAAACGACCACAGGUUUCAGUUUCACUCUGAAAAUGAGCUGAGAAGAUCUCACAAUUGUGAGAUGGCAGACAUUAUUAACUUAUUGCACACUUUUCACUGAACAAUUGAAGAAAAUGUUCCACGUGUUUGUUUUGUUCUGUUUGUGCUGGUGGCGUCUGAUUGGCGUGUUUGGUGUGUCAGUGACGCAAGGAGAUUCUGUUACUUUACACACUGGUGUUACUGAAAUACGUGAGGACGACGAUAUACUGUGGAAAUUUGGAGCUGAAAAGUCUCAAAUAGCUAAAAUGAAGAAAAAGAAACAAAUCUUCUCCACAUAUAAUGGUCCUGAUGGGAGAUUCAGAGACAGACUGAAGCUGGACAAUCAAACUGGAUCUCUGACCAUCACAAACAUCACAACUCAACACGCUGGAGUUUAUCAACUAGAGAUAGCUGGAGCGAAAAAAUCAUCAAAAACAUUCAGUGUUUCUGUCUAUGCUCGUCUGUCUGUUCCUGUCAUCAGCAGUAACUCUUCAAACUGUUCUUCAUCAUCAUCACAGCAGAAUUGUUCAUUGUUGUGUUCAGUGGUGAAUGUGGGUCAUGUGACUCUCUCCUGGUACAAAGGAAACAGUUUAUUGUCCAGCAUCAGUGUGUCUGAUCUCAGCAUCAGUCUCUCUCUACCUCUGGAGGUGGAAUAUCAGGAUAAAAACACCUACAGCUGUGUGCUCAACAAUCCCAUCAGCAACCAGACCACACAUCUGGACAUCAGUCGACUCUGUCACACAUGUUCAGUUCCUCCAGGCUCUGUAUCUCUGAUAGUACUGAUUUCUGCUGCUGCUGCUGCUGGAUCUCUGUUGAUUGUAGCUACAGUCGUGAUCUUCUGCAUCUGCAGGAAAUGUCAGACAAAAAGGAAAGACAGGACUCAUUCAGCACUGAGUAAAGGGGGGGGGAGUAAAUCAUCAUCACGAAAAAAGAAGUCAAUGGAUGAGCAUAUGUAUGGAAAUAUCACCCCAAAACGAUGAUCAAAUAACGAAUCUACUGGAAUAAAAUAAAUGUUACAGCUCUGCAGGUCCUGACUCACACCCCUUUAGGUUACAUUCAUUCUCUGCCAGGAUGUUAUUUUUUUCUUUUGCACAUCCACUCUCAUUGUUAUGUCUUGAAAUGUUGCUGCUGUUUAAUUUAGUGGUUCACAAAUAGAACAGCAUUCAGAAACUCAACGUCCAGUUCGCUCUGGGUAUAUGAAAGCGAUCCAGAAGGAAUUAAACUGUUUGCUAAGAAAUGCCAGGUAAAGACAGAACGAUAUUUUAGAAGAGUUUUAUUUCUACGAAUUCUAAGAAAUUAUGGGACACCCUUAAAGUCAUGACUAUUAUGAACACAAAUAGGAACCGUCUUAUUACUAAUUAUGAUCUGAGGAAAGCAAAUGAAUUAAAUGACUUUACCUCAGGUUUGAUACACAGGAGUCUGCACUGGAAUGUAGAGAAGCUUUGGAGACACUUGUAAUACAGGAUACACCUGAUAGGAUCAUUGUUGAUCCACAGAAAGUCUGUUUAAUCUUCAGUCGACUGUGUAUCAAAAAGUCCACAAGUCUUAUCUCUGCAUUACUUUAACAAUAUUGUGCAGAGGAACAUACUGUGGCAUGGUGUCCUAUUUUUCAGCAAUCUGUGGACUCAUAUAUUAUAGCCUACAUGAUCUUUGGAAAAAAAAAAAUAAUCAUAAUUGUUCCAAUACCAAAGAAACCAGGUUCAAUGAAAACAAUGAUCUUAGGCCAGUAGCUUUUACAUCCUGUGUAAUGAAAAGUUUUGAGAAGUAUAUGGUGUUUAUUUUAAAGACAGAAGUCAACACUGUUCUUGACUCACUGCAAUUCGCAUACAGGCAGUGUCAACACUGUCACUUACUUUAUUACUAAACAUCUGGAAAAUUCAAAAGCGAAUGCACAGCUGCUAUUUGUUGAUUUUAGUUCUGCUUUUAAAACAAUUAAGCCCCACCUUUUAAUUCAGAAAUUGAAGGCAUUGAAUGUGAAUCCUUUUUUACUUAGGUGGUAUCUUUCAUUUUUGACUAAUCGGACCCAGCAGGUCAGAGUCUAUCACACUUUAUCGGAGUUGAAAGUAUUAGCAUAGGUGUUCCACAGGGAUGUGUUAGUUCUCCGAUCCCUUUUUUUACAUUGUAUACCAACGAGUGUUCAAGUUCUACAAAUUUUAUAGUGAAAUUCUCGGAUGACACAGCGAUACUUAGUCUUCUGUAUGAGAAUACUGAUUUGACAGUUUACUUCUCAGAGGUAUCAAGGGAGUGGUGUUAUCUAAAAUCGUCUCAUUCUAAAUACAAAAAAAAAAAAAAAAAGACAGAGAGAUGAUUUUUGACUCUAGAUCAAGGUGACCACACACCAGUGUUUAUACAUGUAACAGCAAUUAAGCAAGUACGUUCCUACAAGUAUCUUGGUAUCCAUAUGGAUUAUAAACUUAGAUGAGAGAUUCAUGUGGACACAAUUUGUUCUCGUAUGCAGCAAACAUUAUAUUUUCUGCGUAGACUUAGGCUUUUUGGAGUGGAGCAGAAAAUCAUGUUUUUGUUUUACAGUUACAAAGAGCAUAAUUAGAUAUGGCAUUGCGGUUUGGUUUGGUACCUUGCAAUUCAGGUAAAGCCUAAGUUUGCGUGCCUGGUAAAAAUAGCAGUGAAGAAGACCAUUGGGAGAAAAUAACAUUUGUCCCUUGAGUCUCUGUGAACAGUCGGUUCUUAGUAGAGAUGGGAGAAACGAAGCUUUUAAAAGCUUCGAAUCAAUUGAAUCAAUUGCUUCGCAAAAUGAUUCAUUGUUUCGAACCACACCGCUGGUGACGCCUGCUGGUCAAAAGUGUGUAAAUGCAACAAAAACUCAGGCUAAAAUAUGCCUAAAAACAGCUUUUAAAGCGCAUUGCAAAUGUUUUAUGUUAAUUUGCUGGCUUGCUUUGUUUGUUUUCUUAAUAGCUAGGCUAUAUAGAGGCCAGUAAGAGACUAUUACCUAAUUCUCAUUCUUUUAAUUACACAAAUGUCUUGUUAAAAAUGUCUACAAAUUGAUGAAACUGAUCUGAGAUCAGGUAAAAACUAUAUAGACGCUGGUUCAAUGUUUCGCCGCUGGGGGGCGAUCUCAAUGAACUCACAUGAUUCAUGGGUUCACAGAUCAGUUUUACAAAUUUCUAGGCGUUUAAUGUAACAUUUUUAUAAUAAAAAGGAAGAGCUGUAGUUUAGAGCUGUUCCUUUUUACAAUUUAAUAAAAUAACACAUGGAAUACACUUCUUAUGUAAUGCUAUUAGAUGAUUUGUUAUUAACUUUAAUAAAUAAUUUGCAAGUGGUUUGUAGUAGCCUAGGUGUUUUUAUGCAUGUUUGGGUUUCCAGUGCAUUUACACUGUACUGACCAGCAGGGGUCAGCAGCGUGUUGUGAAACAUCUGAUUCAAACUUUCGAAAAAUACAUUUCCACACCUUUCAAAGAUUCUUUUCGCACACUAAAUAUUUAAAUCAGCUGUUUUGUACUGAAUGCAUGUAUAUAACCUAGUUAUUGUGUUGAUAGUAAAUCACACCAGCAGAAAAACAGCACAUGUUACUGUCAUAAGACCUAAAGACAGACCUGAAGCUGUAUUGAUAAAUACAUUAAAUUAUUAUUAUUAUUGUUAUUA